AUGCCGCCACCGCAACUUAGGGGUUUUGGCGGGGGGCCUGCUGUGGCAGCACCAUACCACCAGGGUGGCUUCCCCUCCCAUGCCCAACAACAGGGUGGACAUUUAGGCGGAAACCAGUACCUGAACGCCAACACACAACUAGGACCCUUCUCUGCUGCCAACAGCAAUGCUUUUACGACAGCCGGCCUCAAUGGCCAGGGAUUCGCCGAUACGGGGUUCGGUAGUCAAAGUGCAAGAAUGGGUUUCCAUGGCCCUGCAGGCGCCCUACAACAACCACAACACGGGCAGGUUCACCAGAACAUGUUGAUGGAACACCCAGGAAUCAGGACACAUCCCAACAAGGGUAGGAUACGGGAAGUAUGGAAGCACAAUUUGCACGAAGAAAUGGCAGUCCUGCGAGAUUUGGUGGACAAGUAUCCUUACAUUGCGAUGGUAAGGCUUGAGGAACGAGCAUCGUUUUUUGAAAAUAUGCUAAUUAAUGGGUGUGAAAAGGAUACCGAAUUUCCAGGUGUUGUUUCAAGGCCCAUGGGAGGAUUCAGAGGGAAGAGCGAUUAUCACUAUCAAUGCCUACGAACCAACGUCGAUAUGCUGAGGGUCAUACAAAUAGGGCUCACCUUCUUUAACGAAGACGGCGAGACCCCCCCUCCGCGGCCUACGAACGAUCUGAAGCUUGGCACAGCCGCUCAAAGGGCGGCGACUAAUGCUCCUUUCCCUUGUUCGUGGCAGUUCAACUUUAAGUUCUCGUUGAAGGACGACAUGUAUAAUGAGAAAUCGAUCGAGUCACUUCAGCAAGCCGGGAUCGACUUUAAUGCUCUCGAACGUGACGGUAUUGAUCCUCACGAGUUCGCCUCCCUUCUGAUCCCUUCGGGUCUUGUCUGCUUCGACAACGUCAAGUGGAUAUCGUUCCAUGGCGGUUACGAUUUCGGCUACCUGACCAAGCUGCUUAUCUGCUUACCAUUGCCCAACGACGAAGUCGAUUUUGACCACAAGAUGAAGCUCUACUUCCCCACGACGUACGAUGUGAAGCACCUCAUGAAGCACGCCAUCAGGUUACACAACUCCGGCCUUCUUACACCCAGCGAUCCCAGUAGUACUGAGAUCCUGCAAAAGUUUGAACAUAAAUCAGGACUUGAGAACAUUGCCGAAACCCUCAAGAUUAAGCGUGUUGGGUCUGCCCACCAAGCAGGCUCUGAUUCGUUACUCACCGGAAAGGUCUUUUUCUCUAUGCGCGAUAAGAUCUUUGCCGGUGAUAUCCCUGAUGAGCAUGUUGGCAAGGUCUGGGGCUUGGGUUUCCCUGACUCGAAUUCUAGCCUCGUCAUGUCAAUGAUGAACCAGCAAAGCGGCAACGAUGGACAAACAAAUGGCAACGGACCUAGCACCCCUAACACGACAAAUGCUGCGUUAGCCACCACCCCAGGACCACAAGGGCAGAACGGCAUCAUCAACACUGGGCCUAUGACUCCUGGUGGAGGAGGUGGUGUGUUUGGCAACUUCGCUUUCGGCGGGAACCGAUAA